AUGUCAGCAACCUUCGGACUUUUGGCUCUCUCGCAUACGUCUACGUGGCAUCCAAGACAAAUGCUCAGGGGCGGGCCGGUGCCAAGAGGCAAAAGCUUGAUGCCAAAGCUGUUCGAGGCGUGCUACGCCGCCAACCAAAAAGGCUGGAAGAUUCUCGAUUGUAAUCAAGGUGCCAUUAUAUCCUUGCGAUCUCAGUUCCGCAAGUUGGCUUCGCGCCACGCCAUGGACUUCGAAUAUUACUCUCGGACCGCGACAUCGGAAGUUGACUUGCUUUUCUACAGCCAAUGCCCCACCGAAGAGAAGCCUUCUGCCAAUGACGUAGUACUUCUCGAAGAAUUCGUUGCUGGCUUUGAUAUGGACUCGGUCAAUAUUCGACGACAUGAUCACAACUCCGUGUGUACGCAUCUUCAUCAGCUCCAUGGCUUCGAACGUUGGCCGGAUCACCAGCGCUUACCAGUGAAUCUGUUCAUCCAAUCAUCCGAGCCGUUCAAACAAGCUGAGCUCCUUGUGGCGCUCAAAAAUCGGAAGUGCAAGGAGUCACUUUGUGCUGUAGUUUCUCAAGGUAUGGGCCUUGAUCCUGCAACUUACCGUGAAGCAAUGACACGCCCUGAUGCGGCAAGAUGGAGAGAAGCCACUGAUGCAGAAAUAGCGUCGCUUCUAAAGAACAAGACUCAAGCGAGCUCUAGCUGCAAGUGGGUGUUCAAACGAAAGUUCAACAGUGACGGGACUCUCGAGCGAUACAAAGCUCGCUUAGUCGUCAUCGGGUGCCAGCAGAUUAAGUUUAUCGACUUCGACGACGUCUUCGCGCCUGUAGUGUGCUUGGAAUCACUCAGAGUACUGCUUGCAAUUGUGUGCAUUGAAGACUUGGAAUGUGAGCAAAUAGACAUCGAGAUCGCUUUCCUGAACAGUGUGCUUGAAGAAGAAGUGUACAUGCAACUCCCACAAUGGCUGAAGGUCCCCGAUCAAGAAGGUCUGGUGUGCCGCCUGCAAAAAAGCCUAUAUGGCCUCAAGCAGGCACCAUGA